AUGCGCAAGAGUUCUUUGAAGGAUUUUACCAGCAAAAAGCUUCUUUCCCAUGCAGAUGUCCCUGCUGUCAUCAAGGCAGGUCUGCAUUACGGCAACAAAGAAAAGAUGUGCACUUGGCAGAACUGCGAAGAUGACAAGACAGUCACUGGAGAUGGUGCCACGGCGCUGACUCAUUACACCUUCGUUCACCAAGUGUAUGGACAGGUGUCGCUUUGUGAGUAUGUGCUCCAGCCGACUGCAAGCAUGUUUUCCAAGAGAAUCCACGCGACGUGGCAAGCAAGGCCAGUGACAAGUGACCCUGAUCAGAAGAGCCAGUCCAGCAAAGAGUUCCUGAUUGACUUCUUUGGUUGGAUGGGGCGCGUGGCAAGCAACCAGGACAAAGACCACUAUUUUGACAAGUUCGCCUUGCCCAUGCUGAGGAAGGCUUUGCAGGGAAUCUCCGACUUCUUGCACUAG